AUGGACUUGCCCUUCCGCUCUCCACUCCACGGUGGCUUGCUGCGACCGGGACCUGUGCUCCCAAGGAGUCGAGGACCCGUGGUUUUGAGGUCCAAGCGUGACGUGGAGGUGCGGCACCGGAAACGGGACCGAGAGAUCCUGAGUUUGGCUUGGCCAGCGGUGCUGGGUGCCUCCAUUGACCCCGUGCUCUCGCUGCUGGACACCUACUGGGUCUCCAGAUGCUUGGGCAUGGUGGCACUCGCGGCCUUGGGCCCAGCACUGAACGUGGAGGAUUGGAUGUUUGACAUUUUGAAGACGGUCCAGGUGCCGGUGAGAUCCUUGACCUCUGAGGCGGUGGCCGCUAAGAAGCCGCAAGAUGUCCUGCAAACCUUAACACAGGCACUGUGUUUCUGCUGGCGGGUGGGUCUGGUUGUCGCACUCAUGGGAUCAGUGCUGGCACCGCUUCUCUUGAGACUCUCCUCGGUUGAGGCUUCGUCCCCCUUGCUUGAGCCAGCAAAGGCUUACCUGGUUCCUCGGCUGUGGGGUUCGCCCGGGCUUUUGACGCUGAUCGUCUUGCAGGCCACGUUAUCCGGAGCCUUCCGAGAUACCACAGCAGUCCUCCGCUUGGUCUUGCUGGGUGCCUUCCUCAACGCUGUCCUGACGCCACUGGCAGUGGUCGGAAUGCACGGCGGCACGGCAGGUGCUGCUUGGGCUACCACGGUUUCCUGCUACGCCUCUGCAGUGUGCGCCUGGAUCAUGGUGGCCCGGCGCCCGGGCGGGCCAUGGCUGCCGCAGCCGCGGAAGCUUUUUGCCACAGCCUUCCUGGGAAAGGAAGUGGAAGGCGAAAGCAAGGGAUGGGGAAAGCUCUUGGCCGCCAACGCCGCGAUGACCUUGCGAAGCUUCUCAUCGCUGACGACCUGGCUGGUGGCCUGUUCCAUCAUCACGAAGAUUGGUGUUGCACCGUUGGCCGCUCACACCUGCAUGACCAAGACCUUCCUCUCCUUCCUCUAUUGGAUGUACGGCUUCCAAUUGGCCUCCCAAGUCUUGGUGAGCGCCGACGUGGCCAAAGGAUUGCCCCGUCGCGCGCGCUGGACGGCGCUGCGCGCCAUGCGCAUGGCCAUGCUGGUGGCCUCCGCCACGGCGCUGGCGCUCUGGGUGGGUCGCGAGUCGAUUGCGGCGGCUUUGGUGAGAGAUCUCUUGGUCAUCCAAUCCUUCGAGACGCUGGUGCCACCGGCGAUGGCCAUGCUUUUGAUCUACGGCGCGAUGUGGGUCGCAGAAGGAGUAUUGUAUGGUUUGGGGGACUACGCCUGGGCAGCCAAAUGCACCAGCUUCGCUGCCAGCGCGGCUAUCUUGGUGAUGCUGCUGCUCUCCCGGGUGCAGCCGACCGCUCCUCACAUUUGGUGGAGCUUGAACGUCCUCAUGUCCAUCCGUGCGAUCUUCGGCCUCCAUCGUGCAUUCUUCAGUAAGCGCUCGCCUUUGUCGUCCAAAGCAGCGAUGGCGAGUGAGAUCACGCAAUGA